CGCGUUGCGCCACCGCCACGCUAUCCCUGUGCCGCGCCGCCGCCGCCGCUCGCCGCUGUCGUCUGCCAGUCGGCGUACGUAGUUUUGCCGUGCGGACGUAUUACGUCACGUGCUUCGUCGCGUUACUUACGACUUGUUUACUCACAGUAAACUAACAAUACAAAUUCUUAUUGGUGCGUGAUGAACCAAACACUUAUACGCUUGUUAAAUCAAUACGAUUGUAUCGCGUGCUGUUACUGAAUACUGACCUUGUUUGCGCUAGGUGAAUACGGCGCGGAUGCUAUCUGUGAAGUGCGCUGUGUUUCGCUGUUCGGACUCUGUUGAAGAGAUGUCGACGUUGAGUAUGAGGGCGCCCGGUCUGCAGACCACCACGGUGUUGGACACCAGGACGCUUCGGAUGCGAGGCGUCACGGCGCUGGAAGGCGUCAGAAGAAACUUGUUCGGAUCUACGGAUCGUGAAGAAAACAGAAGAUUUGUUGAGAGAGAGUUGGCCCGCCAAUUGGAAUUGGACAGCCAGAGAUGGGGUUUCGACUUUGCGAAUGAGAAACCUCUGCCAACUUCUCAGAGAUUUGCCUGGCAACUUGUUCCCGCGUCCACUAUCCCCGCAGCUCUCAGAAGGUCACCGAUUACGGUCACAACUCCUGCUGCGAGCAAACCGACGCAGGAGGCUAAAGUUUCCAGUCCUGAGAACAGCAAGACACAGAAGAGAAUAACAGAUUUCCUGAAGCCCCGCAAGCGGUUAUCGACGAGCGGCAAGAAAUCCCCCGCGCACUCGCAUAAGCACGAGUGCGGGCACGGCGCGCACAUCCGCCCGCCGAAAGUAGCACGACUUGCGGCCGCGCACCUCAAGCGCACCAGCUAGGUCCUGCCCACUCCGGUGACAACACAGAAUUGAACGAACAGCUUCGGCAGCUACAGACAUGUACGGCGCCUGGCCGGACUGGCCGGACUGGCCGGACUGGCUCCCCCACACCCAGGCUCCUGCGUGUAUCUGGUACCACGAACUGACUGACCCCACGCCUACCGAACCGUCUAUGGAACUGUUCAAUUUUGUCAGACUCGUUGUCAUUCUGUGCAUAUUUUUGUUUUAUUAAUUUAUUGUAAUACCGUUUCCAAAUUACUAAUAAUGUUAAGUAUUGCGUAAGUUAGUUUAAGAAAUAUCUUUAGUUCAACAAUUAAUAUAUCAUACAAUGUGUCACUUACAUCACAGUCCAAGUUUUGCUCAAUGUUUCUGUAACGCAGGCGAUGCAAUAUUCCGUAACCAUCUACUUAUGCGGCCAUUUCACUUCGUCAGACCAUUUCCACUGAGAAAAAGAAAGUCUUCGAGAGGAAAGCAAUUACUUGAAUGUCUGUAAUGAAUAAGUUGAACUGCAUAAUCGCAUUGUUAACAUAAUAUUUUUAUAAUGUGUUAAUGUGCCUAAUUAAAUGCUUUCCAAACAAUUUGAAACCUGUGGAACUUUGUUGUAAUUACAACCUCUCAGUAUGCGGUUGUAAUUAAAACAUCGGCGUAAUGAUGGUCUUCAAGAAAGUGAAAUGUAGCACUUACGUGGCGGAGUAACGGCCACCGCCCCACUACUGCACAUUCACAAAACUGGAACACUACGUGACAACUUUAAAUAAGUUAUGAUUAUAUUAUAUGAAUUAUGAUCUCUUUGAAUUAAGUUAUUUUUAGAUAUAGCUUCGGUUUAACUAUAAGAAUAUUUACACUUUACGUCGAAAUGCUAAGGUUACGCAGUCACAACUAUAAUGUCUCGCAAGUGCUAAGGCGCAGCCGUGGAAAUCAAAUUUUCAUGGCCACGUAUACCGUCGGAGCAUUUAUGACACAUUCUCUACGAUCACUCUCUAAUCUUCCAUCGCCAGCCGCGAGGAAGUUGCGAAAGUCAUCACAAAUAGUAUAAAACAACACAAAUACUCAAUAUAUAAAAGACAUUGUUACCGCCAAUGUAACACUUCUUGCAAUCUUAAAGUUAAGUAGUACAAUACAGUUGGGUUCGACACUUGAGUAUUUGUGUUCCACAGUUCUACUCGUAUCGCAAAAUUUAGGAUAUUUGUUUUGUUGUUGUAUUUUAAUGGUUUAUAUACAUAAUUAUAUUGAUGAUUGUUUUUUUUUUGUCGAAAUAUUCGUAUUCUAAAUUUUGUUCACAGUUUGUAACAGUCGAUUGGAUUUAUCUAACCGCGGCCCUUUGUGAAAGUACAAAUUUCCUCAUCAGGUCUAGGUCGAGGGCUCGCGGUCGUUGCAAAAAGACACUCAUGCAUCAUGAUCAUUACUCAUCCUAUGUAUAAUGUGCUAACAUAAUGUUAAGUAUCUUGUAAACCAUACAUCGUGUAUGAUUAUAUUUUUCUAUACAACGAGAGUUGUAAGCAUUUUUAAAGCUAACCAAAGCCGGUGUAAAUUAUAGCGACGAUACACACAAAUGAAAUUAAGUAAAUGAACUUUUAUGACUUGACAGAGAAAUAAUGAAUAAUUUUAUAUUGUUGUAAAGGUAUAUUGAGGACUACCGGUGUAGUUUAUUGCCUGUUUCAAAUUGACGUUCGUAAUUUAUUAAUUUUUUUUUUGUGUUUGCCUGUGGUCUCUAGAACCGAUAAGUCUUUGCUGACACUACUUAUAUACUUGAACUGAUGCAAUAUCAUUGUAGCUUUUAGCUUCAAUGUUUAUUGCAUAAUUUCCUACGUUAUGUCGUAGAUACCUUUACUCGCCAAAGACUGGCUCAGUUUGUGAGACCACACCAGAUAUGGUAUAAUUAUGUUGUUCGAUUCGGACGCGAUGGUGCCCGCUGGGCCACGACUGUCUGCAAUAUUAUAGAAAUUAAGUGUCCCCUUGAUGUUUGCACGACUAGGCAAAUCACUAUCACUAACAUUACAAUAUUACUUGAGUAUAAAUAAAACGUGUACGUGUAAAAGUGCGAUUACAAUACAUAAUAUUAUGACAUAAUAUUAAUUAUCAUCCCCAGCUUGUUUGCACAACUAUUCUAUAAUUAUCCGAUUAAUUCCACACGAGUGCACCUUGCAAUCUGCACCGAUAUCUAGUUCGCGCCAAUUACUUGUGCCUACAUACUGUAAUGCAAGUAAACAACAUUUAGAGGACACUUGUAUAAAAUAAUUUUUAAUAUUUUUUCUCUAACACCUGUGAUGUAUUAAAUAUGAUCUCGAAACAUAAUUUUACUACGUUCAUAUUUAAUUAUUUUAAUAGAGUUAGUCCCGGUGCCUGAGUCGGAAUGUAUCCCUGGACCCUGUAUCCCUGGAGAGUUUGUAUUGAGAGAUAAUUUAAUACAUCAGCUGAUUAACGUUUAGCGUGACAUAUACAACAUAUUAUGUUAUGUAUGGCUCGAAGGAAAGGAGUUGGUUUAUGUAAAUGUGCUACGUUCUUGCUGCACUGUACAUAGAGUGCACUUAGUAUGUAUUUAUUACGGCGGAACGUAUUCGUAGGUUAGAAGGAAAUUAUAGGGAUACUACAAAUAUUUAACGUAAUAUAUUACUACGAUUAAUUAUUUUAUUGGAAAGUUGAGAGGCAAAUUUUAAUUAUGUGCCAAAUAUUCCACACUGUGUCUAGUUGUUUUGUUUGUGAGCUGACGCUGACGGCGAUAAAUAUGUUUAUGUUAGUGACAAAUUGCCAGUACCCUUAGUACGAGUUUGCUUUACGUUGAACGAAAAUUAAACGAGACCGCGUUCGGCGCUCUGAUUGGCUGACGCGAAUGAAUCAACCAAUCAGAGCGUUAUACGCGCUCUCGUUUCGAUCUCGUUGAACGUAAAACAAACUGGUGCUAAGCCCUUUGAUUAUAUUAAAACUUGGGUGCCAUCAAGUGAACUUGACGUUUUAUUGGUGACAUACAAGUAACAAAACUUUGGGAGAUGCAAUAAUAACUCGCAGCUUGUCUAUGUAAAUAUAUUUAUCGCUCUCGAUGGCACAUUGUCGACCACGACAGUGAAAACGUUUCUUGAAACAGAUGUAUAUAUCAAACGGCGAGACAAUUGAUAACUUUUAUACUAUGUGAACUCUUAGACAUGUGUAAUGUAAAUUUAGUUGAAAAAAAGCUUCUUUCGCUCGAUAA